AAAACAUUGUAAACAUUCGACCGAAUAGUGAAUGAGAUUAAAUUAUUUUUUAAAAUUGGAAUAAAAGGCGGUAAAUUAAGUUUAUUGAUAUUAGUUUGUGAUCAUCCAGCAUUGACAAUUGUUGUGAUCAAGAAGAACUUUAAAAUAAUCAUCGGAUUUACCAAUUAAAAAGAAAUUAUUAAAAUAAAUAUAAAUUUACAACAACAACUGCGACUCAAAUUUCUGAGAAUAGAAUUUGAGGCUUUAACAUGAGUGCUCCAAAACUGAUAAGCUUCUCAAAGCCAACACCGGAUUUUAAUAGAAAAUUCUUUGAUUUAUUUACACAAAAAUCUAUGGUUGAUGUUACAUUUUCGGCUGAGGGGCAGUUUCUGUAUGCACAUAAAGUUGUUCUUGCUGUUGCUAGUAGCUGGUUUGAGGAAUUGUUCGACACCAUAAAAGACAAGCAAGCAGUAAUAGUAGUUAAGGAUCUCACAAUUACACAACUAACAAGCAUCUUAGAGUUUAUAUAUCUUGGUGCUGUGAAUAUUCCAGAAGAUGAAGCACAACUUUUCAAAGCUACACUAGAAUCUUUUAGAAUCUCAAUAGACGAUCUUGAAAAUGAAGAAGAAUAUCAAGACAAUGAGGCUGAAAGUGAGGAUAAUGAGGAAGAAAUGGAAACAGAAAAUCAACAACAAGAUUGUAAUGAGUCGGAAGAUUUUAAUGAAAAACUCUUUGAAUUGAUUGAGAAUGAGGAACAGCACAAAAAAGAUGAAGAUGUGGAAGAGGAAAAAAAAGAUUCAAAAUCAGAGACACAAGAAGAUUUAGGAAUCAAUAUCAAGUCAGAACCUGAAUGGGAUGACAUUUUAGUAAAAGAAGAGCCAAUCAGUCAAAUUCCAAGUACAAUCCAACAAAACAUCCCAAUCAAAGUAAAUAACAGUACUUUAAAAGUAGCUCAUGUCACUCACAUAAAGCAGUUACCAGCAACUCCAAAUCAGAUGAAAGGAAUCAGAAUUAGAACACCAGCAAGUAUUAAUGAGAAAAUUAAGAUUAAUGAGCCAAUUGUAAGGACUAUAAAGUUUAUAAACAAGCUACAUUCACCAGACAAUGUCCCAGUGACAGUCAAUGAGUCUUCAACAUCGCCAAACAAGAAUAUCCAAGAACUUAGCAAACGUUUAAGCAAAGCUAUUCUUAUAAGACGAGUAAAAAAGUCUGACGGAUCAAUUGUGUCUGAAAGAAGUCCAAUUAAAAUAAUUCAAGGAGUACGAGGACCAGGUUCUUUACCAAUGAUAGCCACACAAAGUAUGCACAGACAACAAAAGUCAUCAUCGCCAGUCUUCAAGUGUUCGCACUGUAAUAAAGCAUUCACAGUCAACAAACGAAGAAAUGCACAUGAAAAGUUCUGCUUUAAAAAUCCAAGUCGACCAGCUUCUCAAUGUCCAUUCUGUCCAAUGGUCUUGUGUAAUCCAAUGUACAUAUCCACUCAUAUUAGGAAGGUUCAUGGAAUCGAUGAGAAUGGAAAGUCAAUUAAGACUUAAAACAUUAGUGAAGGAACUUAUUCAAUAGAAUUAAGACAGUAAUAAGUUGGGGGCUACAUAAGGAACCUAAGGGAUAAAGUUAAGAUGAUCUACAUAAUAUUUGAAUGUGUUCCUUGCAUGGAUCAAAGUGAAUUGAUGCAGGUUUCUCAGUAUUUCUCAGGGUUCACUUACCCUUGGCUACAUCCAAGCGUACACAGUUUGUGUUUAGUAAAAAUUUCAGUGUCAAAAGUGCUAAUAUUGACUACCUAAUCCAUCUUAUGAGUAGUCAUCAUUAACGAACGACCCCCCAAAAAAAUGAUCCAAUUAUUAAAAAUGUCAGCAAAUUUAAAAAAAGUUAAUAAAUCAGAA